CUCUCUCUCUCUCUUUUAAUUUCUCUCCGAUCAUUCACUACCAAUGUCUUCUCUAUGCUGCAGAUCAAGAACAUGUCAACUCGGCAGAACAAUCCCUAUUCUUGUCCUUCUUCUUGUCCUUUUGAGUUGCUGCAAUGGAGCAAGAACCACGAACCUCUUCAACGCGAGCUCUCCGCCACCCAAACAAAAGGACGUCGUUUCGCCACCUCAACAAGAUCAUCAUCAUCGUCAAGUACAAGAUCACAAAAGUGUAGAGUUCUUGGGGUCCUUGCCACGUCAGUUUCCUGUUCCUGCUUCUGGUCCUUCCAGAAAACACAACGAGAUCGGUUUAAGUAGUACUAGGACUUAAUCUUCUCCUUGAAGUUCAAAGGUUUGAUGAAAUGAAUCAAAUCCUUUCUACUUUUUGUAAGUUUUUGUGGUUUUAAAUUUCUGCCCCUUUUGAGUCUGGAUUAAACUGAUCAUGUAAAUAGAUUUCAGUUUCAUUUCUGUCUGGGCAAUGCUGUGGAUAGAUCACCUUUUUAUUCUUAUUAUUGGAACUUUGUUAGAUCCAUUGAAAUAUUGCACGUACGUAUAAGUGUAAAAGAGAUGAG